AAGAAUGAGUAUGUCAAGCUUAGAGGAGCCAAGUUCAUCCGCAUUAUCAGACAAAACUGAAAGUUCUGCUGAAAAGAAAUGUUCGAAUUGUGCAAUUUCAAUCAGUUCAGAUCAAGUUCUGAAUUGUUCAACUUGCGUAUCUUCGAGCGAGAAAAGUAAUUCAUUUUGCGAUGCUUGUAUCGGCGCGCAUACUCGGCGAGAACAUAAAAUCCUGGAUCAUAGCGGUUAUGAAAUAUCAGUAUGCGACGAACAUAAGAUGAUAAAUGAUCUGUUUUGCUCGCAGUGUUCGCAAGUUUUGUGCAGCAAGUGUAUUCUGAAUCACAGAGGACACGAUUUUCUUGCUGUGUCGGAGAAACGAGUCGAAUUCAGAAAACAAAUUUUCGAGUAUAUUUCAAAAUUUGAUAAUCUGAGCAAAGACAUGAAAUUCCAGGAAAUGUUGGAAAAAGACGCGGCAAAAACGAAGCAAGCGUAUACACCAGAUGAAAUAGUUGAUGUUAUCGUUGCAAAUUUUGUGAAAUUGCUUCGGAUUGUGGCUUUUUCGGACACGGAGAAACCGAAACUUGAGAAACUGGCGAAAGUUAUAGAUGAAAAAAGUAAUUGGGCGGCUCGAGAACUUCAGAAGCAUGAACAGUUAGUGAACGAAACUGACUCAUUGGUAAUUUCAAUGCGUGAAACUUUACUAAGUUCUGAUAGCGUUUUGGUGAAAAAAUUUUGCGGUAAUGAAGAAAACUUGAACCAUUGUUUGGAUCAGCAAAAUGCCGCUUUGACUAAGCAUGUUUUACUGAAGCCGUUCCAGUUUGAGAACAAUGAUCUAGAAAGCUUGAUAAAAAAGGUUUUUGAUUCUUACUUGAGAUCAAUAAAAUGGCCCGAAAUGGUGUACAUGUCCUAUGAAGAAACAACUGUUCAGCAAUGUAAAGUAUAUCCACAUAUUAGUCUAGUAGAUAUCGAGAGUUCUAGUGUGUUACACGUCCUGCAAGAAGGCUACCUCGGACUAGCCACUGUUAAAGAAGAUAAAAUAUUUUUUUCUGUCUUACCGUGUUAUUUGCGUCAGAGGAAUUGCACAGUCUGUGCCCUGGAAGGAACCUUAAUUGAUUUGAGGAAAAGCUCAAUAGUGGGAAGAUAUUGUUAUUUCUGCAAAGAAGAAGAAUCUGGUAGACGAAUUAAAAUAUAUGACGAAGACGAUGUAUUAUUCAUUACAAUUUCGGGUGAGUUCUUGAAAGUUCUGCCGUUUGUAAAUUUUUCCAGUGAACCACUGGCUGGAUAUUUGGCACUUUUGUAUGAGAAGAAAAUAGAUAUCGUUCAUGCAUUCGACCCAACUUAUGUAAAUGACGAAGCAACCUCUGUUACAUCGGAACCCUUCCCGGUUCUUAUUCCCUCUAACUGUCUGUUCUUCUUCAAUAAUCCAGAGCCAAAUUGUCUAAUUUGGGAUCCAGAACUCAAAGUCAUCCGACCAUUUUUGGAAAUUGUUGGCUAUGAAAAUAUUCCUUGUGAAGAAAAACCAUUUCUACUGACUUGUAGUAAAGAUGUGAAGAUAAUUGCUGCUACAUUCCAAUCCAGUGAUUCAAUCACCAUUUUGAAGAAGAAUGGAUUCGCUCAACUGGCGAGUGCGAAUCAUGGCUUACAACGCGUGGACUCGUUAUUCAUCAAUGGUCAGAACAUUCUCUAUGCGUGGAAUUUUCGAAGAAAAAUUUGCGUGGCUUUUCGAGAGAGUUUUGAUUUAAACUGGAUUGCAUUCAAGGUUUUGAGAAUUGAGCUGGAAAGUGUUCCAGAGAACUCAGAUUGGGAUCGAAUCGAGCAGAGUGGUUCGAAUGCUUACAUAUUCGUAAAGGGGGUUACUCUACCCUGGAUUCUUCAAAUGUAAAUAUCAAUGUGUCAAUGAAAUUAUAUCAGGUGUGAGUUUGGAAGACUUUCUUGGCGAAUUACCCUUGUAUGUACAUGAAAUGGUUGGCUAAAACCAUCACACCAAUUUUUUAGAAUAAUGUUUUUGCUUAACAAUCUAAUUUACGAAGCUAGGAUUUCAUUUUGCAGUCUUAAAACACAAUUGCUUAUUGAAAAAGUACACUUAAUGGGAUUACACUAAAGAAAGAAAGUUUUUUCCUGUAAAUAGCGUUGAGUAAAUGAAAGCUUUUAUUUAACAUUCGGAUACAUAACAUUAUCUUGUGUAAAUAAUUCGCUAAGUGCUUGUAUUUUAAUCGAUUCAUAUCAUAGUAGCUUAAUGUAUUACCAUUCUUCAGGCUAUUCUUUCUCACUACUAAAUCGAUUUGAUCCGGUAAACUUUCCCUCUCUCGUAUUGAAAGUCUGCUGUUUGGUGAGUUUAUCUGGUGCUGUUUGCGCAGCAGAUUGUUUAUUCAGUGUUCAAUCAUAAUUUUGAUUGAUAUGUUUCCCGAUUUCAUCAUCAACAGUUUCCCUGUUGGCCUUCAUUUAGAUUACAGUUUUGGU